AUGCUUGGGACUCGUCUGCUAUACAAAGAGUGUCCGGGUAGCCACCUUCUUCUCUUCUCUCUUUGUAUGAGAAGAGAACAAACGGCACUCUUGAAGAGGGUUGUGGCCUCACUCUUGGGCCUUCUCAAGCCUGCACAGAUACCAGCAGCCGCAAUGAACCAGCCGCCCCAGCACGCGCUGGACGAUCCGAACGUGUACCACUGGAUAUGCCAACUGACGUACGGCCCGCAGAAGGAGCAAGCACUCUUGGAGUUGGGUCGUAAGCGGGAACAAUUCGACGACUUGGCUCCCGUGCUUUGGUCGUCCUUCGGGGUGAUGACCUCGCUGCUGAACGAGAUCAUAUCCGUGUACCCGAUGCUGCAGCCGGCGUUGCUCUCCAACCAGUUGUCGAACAGGGUGUGUAACGCGCUCGUGCUGUUGCAGUGUGUCGCAUCGCACUCGGACACGAAACAUCUGUUCCUCCAGGCACACAUCCCGCUGUUCCUGUUCCCCUUCCUCAACACGACGUCGAGGCAGCGGACCUUCGAGUACUUGAGGUUGACGUCGUUGGGGGUCAUCGGUGCCCUUGUCAAGAACGAUUCGCAGGACGUCAUUGGGUUCCUGCUCAGAACGGAUAUUGUCCCACUGUGUCUACGGAUCAUGGAGUCCUCCUCAGAGUUGUCCAAAACAGUGGCCAUCUUCAUCUUACAGAAGAUCCUGCUCGAUGAUAUCGGGCUACAGUAUAUCUGCGCAACAAUGGAACGGUUCUACGCGGUGACUAACGUCCUCAAGGACAUGGUCGAGCAACUCACGCUGCAUGCUCCGCCGGGGAGACUUCUCAAACACAUCAUACGUUGCUACUUGCGGCUCAGCGACGACCUCGAGGCCAGGAGGCUGCUGAAACUGGUGCUUCCGGAGAAACUGAGGGACAACACGUUCACAGAAGUGCUACGCGACGACGUCGGGUCCAAGAGAUGUCUAGCCCAACUGCUUCUAACGCUGAACGAGGAUACCCAGCAGCAACAGCCACAACAACAGCAGCCCCAAUUCCCUGCAACUACUGCAAACUAG